CUGGAGCGGUCGAGCGCUGACAAAUCAAACGUGCGUAGUCGAGCGCGGCAAGAUCGGAAUCAGCCACUCUCCCAGUCAACUCCACUACCCGGCACGACUCAAAUCCCACCGGCCACCGGACGGGAAGCUCCUCCGAGUCGCUGCUGAAGACCAGCUGCCUCUCCGCCGCUUGCACCCGGCAAGCUGCACACCGACGUCACGCGCGCACCAGCGCUGUCGAUCGUGCGAGGGGAUCAACAUCGAGUCGUCCCGUUUGAUGGGCCACGGCGAGCCUGAUGCGGCGGCCGCGGCGGCGUGGGUGACGGUCGAGGAGUGGGGCGGCUCCUCCGGCUCCGCGCUCUCCCGCACCGCCGUCCUCACCGCCUCCGCAUCCUCCCUCACCUCCCACAGGUUCGGAAGCCGGUGGGGGCGGAUCGGCAGCCGCGUGCUCGGCGCCUUCGUGCCCGAGGGCUUUCCUGGCAGCGUCACUCCGGACUACGUCUCGUUCCAGAUGUGGGAUACCUUACAGGGGCUGUCGACAUACAUCCGCGCAAUGUUGUCUACUCAAGCUCUUUUAGGUGCGAUUGGCGUGGGUGAGAAAUCUGCCACAGUCAUAGGUGCCACUUUUCAGUGGUUUCUCAGAGAUUUGACAGGAAUGCUCGGAGGCAUAUUGUUCGCCUUUUAUCAGGGCUCUAACCUUGACAGUGACGCUAAAAUGUGGCGUUUAGUUGCAGACUUUAUGAAUGACCUUGGAAUGUUGAUGGAUCUCUUAAGCCCUUUGUUUCCUUCAUCAUUGAUAGUCAUAAUGUGCUUAGGCAGCUUAUCUCGCUCAUUCACUGGUGUUGCUAGUGGAGCAACUAGAGCAGCAUUAACACAGCAUUUUGCACUUGCAAAUAAUGCAGCUGAUAUAUCUGCAAAGGAGGGCAGCCAGGAGACACUUGCAACAAUGUCUGGAAUGGGACUGGGAAUGCUGUUGGCGCAUGUUACCAGGGGGCAUGAUUUUGUUGUAUGGGUUUCAUUCCUUUCUCUCACAAUAUUCCAUAUGUUCGCAAAUUACAAGGCAGUGCAGUCACUUUCACUCAGUACACUAAAUUAUGAGAGAACUUCCAUUUUGCUGCAUUCUUUUAUGGAAGAUGAUGAAGUUCUUACUCCACAACAAGUUUCCAAGCAAGAGCACAUUCUUCCGUUUUGGUCAACCUGGCGGAAAUUUCUUAGAGUUAAACUUCCACAUGAGCUUGUACACCUAGGUGCUAAAGCCUCAACUCUUACACACUCUGAUAUGUUGCUAAUUGCGAAAACAAGAUCCUACUAUACAAAUGCCAACUACUUUUUGCUGGACAAGGAAGGCAGCGUUCACAUUUUCAUACACAAGCAAGCAGUGGCAACUGAUGUUUUGAAGUCCUUCAUACAUGGGCUCGUCUUAGCACGUCUGAUGCAGAAGAGCAAAUCUUGCCACGAGGAGGCUCACCAAUGGAUGGAUGAGAAAUACAGCACCUUCAUCUCAAAGCUGAAACUGGAAGGUUACUCAACAGAACGGCUUCUCUCACAUUCGAUUGUUUGGAAGGCACAUUGGCUUUACGGUCCAUCGGAUGAGAAGACAAAGACCGAACUGUUACAGAAGAGCAAAGAAAGCACCAGCAGAUGGUGAAACCGAGAAUUGCAGAGAGAAGACAAAAGACUAAAAAUCAUUCAUGUUGCCUAGCUAACUGAUGUUCUCUUGCAAAGUGAUUCCACAUUACUGGAAGUUCACACAUUGUUGAAUUUUCCAGUCCUAGUUUCAUCAAGUUGCACAAAUUCGGCAGCUCCAUUGUAACAGGGCUUGGACUUAUGAAUCUGUUGGUAUUGUUCAAAUCGAGAACUGCAUCACGCAUGCUGUUUUAUUU